CUGGCUGAACCGUGUAUAUAGACCCUUCAGUGCUCCAGACUUUUUGGUUGCAAUUCUCUUCCUCCCCAUUCCUCUCUAUUAUCAUUGCUUAAGUCUGUCUUUGUGAACAACUCGUCCCUCACACAACCGCCAACAUGUCUGCUCAACCUCGCUGGGACCCCGACUUCACUCCCUAUGUCAUCAACGCCAUGGGACCCAAGACUCCCGAGCGUGCUCGUGUGAUCUUGGGAUCUCUCAUCAAGCACAUUCACGACUUCGCUCGUGAGGUCGAGCUUACUCCUGCCGAGUGGAUGAUGGGUGUCGAGUUCAUCAACUCCAUUGGCCAGAUCAGCACUCCCAUCCGCAACGAGUGCCACCGUAUCUGCGACGUUAUCGGUCUCGAGUCUCUUGUCGAUGAGAUCGCCAACAAGAUCGUGACCGAGCAGGGUCUUUCCCCCACCUCCAACGUUAUCCUCGGCCCCUUCUGGUCUCCCAACGCUCCCUUCCGCGAGCUCGGCGAUAGCAUCAUCCAGAAUCCCCUGCCUAACGGCCAGGUGACCUGGAUGCACGGCCGCAUCACCGACAUGGAGACCGGCAAGCCUAUUGCCGGCGCCGUCCUCGACAUCUGGCAGGCUUCCGCCAACGCCCUGUACGACUUCCAGGACCCCGAGCAGAGCGAGAACAACCUCCGCGGCAAGUUCCGCACCAACGAGAACGGCGAGUACUUCUGGUACUGCUACCACCCCACCGCCUACUCGUUGCCCACCGACGGCCCCGCCGGUGUCCUCCUGAACCUCAUGGACCGCUCCCCCAUGCGCCCCGCUCACAUCCACCUGAUGAUCACUCACCCCGAGUAUGCCACCAUCAUCAACCAGCUCUACCCCUCCACCGACCCCUACCUCGGCAUCGACUCCGUGUUCGCCGUCAAGAACGACCUGAUCGUCGAAUUCAAGCCCAAGACCGACGACCCCAAGGCUACUCUGGAUCUGGAGUACAAUGUCACGAUGGCGCUGAAGAAGCACCACCCCAACCCCAACUCUGCUCCUCCCGUGUCCUCGUUUGAGCGCUUCAACAAGGGCCAGAAGUUGUAAUUGGGAUGAAUGAUUUUUGCAUGUGUACAUAAAUUAGCGAUUGUGGUUCUCUUUGAGAUGAAAUACCUCGAAUGUUAUGUUUAGAG